CUGGGAUUUGAUAUCCAGGCGUCCAUUCUUUCCUAAGCCAACUUCAUCCGUGUUGAUUCCACGUUCUUUUGCCAUAUCGGCAGUCCAACAAGAGACCAACCUUCCAUUCAUUAUUUGCCUGUUUCGAACACAUUUCCCCGCACAUCAACCAUGAAGUACGAACGUCUUGCCUCGCUGGGCUUUGCUGCCCUGGGUGCCCUUUCCUCUGUGACUGCCCGGCCUAUUGCGACCCCCGACGACGACGAGUGGGAUUGUGGCGACGAUGAUGUUGCUGUCAGCACGCACUAUGCGACAGUCACUCCCACUGCCGCGGUCGAGACCUCUACCUUCACCGAUGUUGAGGCUACUACCGUGUUCCUCACCACGACUAUCACCCUUGGUGCGGGUCAGACCACUUCAUCUGUUCAGACCGUGGUCAUCAACACUCAGGCUGCCACUACUGCCGCUGCUCAGCCCACUUCCACCGUUGAGGCUGUGACGGUCAACACCCAAGCUGCCACUACUGCUGCCCCUGCCCAGGUUUCUGUUGCCUCCGUUGAGGAGCAGAAGCCAUCCACCACUAGCACUAGCACCACCGCCGCCAGCGUUGCCACUACUGCAGCUGCCCAGGUCUCCGUUGCCUCCGUCGAGGAGAAGAAGGCCACUUCCUCUUCCACUAGCACCACUGCCGCCAGUGCUGCCACCUCUUCUGCCUCGUCCUCUUCCUCUUCCUCCAGCAGCUCCAGCAGCACCAGCAGCAGCCUGAGCUCCGAGUUCUCCGGCGAAGCCACCUUCUACGGCGGCAACGUCGACGGCGGCGCCUGUUCGUUCAGCGGCUACACUAUCCCCUCCGGCCUGUACGGUACAGCACUGGGCUCCCCCCGCUGGGACGACGCGGCCCAGUGCGGCUCCUGUGUCCAGGUCACGGGCCCCAGCGGCAACAAGAUCAAGGCCAUGAUCGUGGAUGAAUGCCCCGAAUGCGACUCCAACCACCUGGACCUCUUCCAAACGGCCUUCGCCGAGCUCGCCGACAUCUCCAAGGGCGUCAUCUCCAUCGACUGGGAGUACGUCGACUGCGGCAUCACCACCCCGAUUAAGCUGAACAACAAGAGCGGCACCUCCGCCUACUGGUUCGCCAUGCAGGUCGAGAACAGCAACGAGCCCGUCACCAGCCUCGAGGUCAGCACCGACGGCGGCAGCACCUGGCAGUCCACCACCCGCUCCACCUACAACUACUUCGAGAACGCCAGCGGGUUCGGCACCGACACCGUCGAUGUGCGCGUCACCGGCCAGUCCGGCGCCACCAUCACCGUCAACAACGUCAGCGUGUCGUCGGGAUCGUCCGUCACGGCCUCGUCCAACUUUUCUUAGCCCUAAGGAAGCGGCGGGUGAUGUGAUGUGAUGACUGCCUGCCUUAAGACACAGGGAAUCGACGUCACGCCAUACCUUUUGACUCGUUUUUUUAUUUUACUUCUUCAAGCUGACUUCCUUAGCGGGGUUGCCUAUAGCGCUUGUCCGCCCUCUCGCAUGAGCAAUGGUA